AUGGCGGACUGCGCUCCACUAUUAGAUGAGGAACUCUCGUCCUUUGUCUUCAAUUACCUGACAGAAAACUCCGGCAGCCAGUAUGGGGAGGAGGAGGUGUGUUCGGACCGCUUGGACACCGACUUCCCGGACAUCGACCUCUCCCAGCUGGACACCAGCGACUUCGACAGCGUCAACUGCCUCAGCGAGCUGCAGUGGUGCAACGACCAGCCGGCCGACGUGUCGCCGGCCUCCAUCCGCUACAGCACGGCCGACGAGCUGUUCGAGAUAGAAGAGGAGAAUGCGGCCCUGCUGGCCGCCCUGACGGACAGUCUGGACGGCAUGGUGGACGCCGAGGUGGGCGGGCUGUCCGUGUUCCCCGCCCUGGAGGAGGAGCCCGGUCACCAUGACGACGACGACGACAGUCUUCCUCUCAGCUCCCACGACUUCCGUCAGUCCCCGGGGGCCGAAGCAGAGGACCCGUCUCUGCUGAAGAAGUUGCUGUUAACUCCUCCCAAUGUCCCCACGGGCAUCGACGUGCACAAAGAUGGAGUCCACAGCCAUCGCUACGGCAACAGAAGCCUGCGCUUACGGCCGGUCAGACCCCUGGCCAAGAGCGACCUCCCCCCGGAGCGGAAGCCCCGUGCCGUGCGCCCCGCGGGGCGUCUGUGCACCGAGCUGCACCGCCACCUGACCACCGCCCAGGACAUGGAGGACGCCCCGACGCCCGACACGGAGGAGGACGAGGAGGAGGAGGAGGAGGACGAGGACAGCGAGUCGGAGGAGGAUGAAGAGGAGGAAGGGGAGGAGGAGGAGGAGGAGUCUUCCAGCAGCGAGGUGGAGGGCGCGGCGCGCACGGCGGGGGCCGCCCCUCCCGAGCCGCCCAAGCCUCAGUUCAGCUCGGAGAAGGAACUGCACUCGGUGGUGGAGCUGAUCACGUACAUGCACACCUACUGCCUGCCCAUGCGCAAGCAGCAGGGCUGGGAGCGCCGGGACGCCCCCCGGCCCCGGGUCCGACCCGAGGGCCCCCGCCCCGGAACCCUGAACUCUCACAGUAGAGCCGCGCCGGCGGCCACGCCCGGGACGAGCGGGGGCCACGCCCCCAGGAGGGUCCCUUUCGCCCGGCAGAGAGAGAUGAAGGCCGACUCCCUCCUCUGCGAGCUCCUGCAGCAGAGCAGCUCCUUCGAUGUGAGCAAGCCUUACAGACUGCACAGCCCCCCCUAUGCCCACUCACACGGCCCCCACGGGGACGCCGCACCGCCGGCCUCCCUCUCAGCCCCGUACCCCUCCUACAACCCCAAAACAGAGCUUUGCAAAGACUCCUCCUCGCCCGAGAGGAGGAACUGUCCCUCCGAGCUGGAGGAGCCGGCCGAAACCAGCGGCUCCUUCUCGGUGCGGCGCUCCAGACGCUUGGCCUCCUUCCCCAGCCGCUUCGCCAAGCGGCUGCGGCCCGGGCGGGCGAGGGACGGCGAGGGCCGGGACAGGGACGACAGGGAGGACGGACAAGCAGGGGUCAAACUCCUGCCCACCCAGGCGGGAGGGGGAACCACCAUGGGGAUGCAGCCGGAACAGCGAGCGUCCGGAGAUGGCAGCGCCGCCCCGACGGAGCCGACCAAACCCUGCUGCCACGAAAAGCGAGCCUGCCUCUGUCUGCCUCUCAACCAGAAGUCCACAGGAGAGUCCCAGUUCAGCACCAAGCCUUUCGAGCAGACGCUCAGCGUGGAUCUGUGUGGAACCGCAGGUCUCACCCCCCCCACCACCCCGCCUCACAAGCCUGUGGAAGACGAGCUGUUCAAGCCGUCCGAGGGAGGGAAGGGCGGCGGCGACGGCGGCGGCGGCCAUGGCGAGCCCGUGCACUUGUCUUCCAGCAGCCACGCUGCCACCAAGGGCUCGUCCUGGCUGAGCCGCCCGCACCACCCGCGCAAGCUGCCGGAGCAGACGGAGCUGUACGCCCAGCUGCAGCGCAUGGGCCAGGCGGGCGACGCCGACACCCAGCGCAACUUCGGCGACCACGACUACUGCGCGCUGAGUCUCGGGGAGAGCCGCAAGCGCAGCGCCGCCAUCCUGGGCGCCAUCCUGCAGACGCGGGAGGGGAGCGAGGGCGAGGCCGCCCUGGCGAUCAAAGCGGCCGACGAGCGGGCGGCGGAGGAGAAAGGCAAGGAGGGCGUGGAGGAGAGGCUGCUGACGGGCGAGGCGGCGCAGCCGCAGGAGCAGCAGAUCGCCAUGGUGACGUCGUCACCGUCGCCUCCAUCAGACUGCCAGUCGGCCGCGGCGACGCCUCCCACCUCCGAGGAGGAGGCGGAGUGUUCGUCCCGCUCACCCUCACCCGUCCUGCACCUCUGUCCCGACUCCCCUUCCAGCAAGACGGACUCCAGCGAGAACUCUGAGAUCUGUCCUGACGAGAUGCAGAGGAACAAAGCCAAGUCUGAUGAGGACAACUGCCAGGUGUUUUACAUCCACAACCUGCCGAGCAACGUGACCCAGAACAUGCUGAGGAAACGCUUCCAGGUCUUCGGAAACACGGAGGACUGCAAAGUCAUCAUCUGCAACGAGGAGCGCUGCGGGGUGAUAAAGAUUCGUCAGGCUGGGAGUCAAAGACACCGGAGGGAACGUGAGACUGUUUUCCAGAACGGUCCCGGAGGCGUCAGGAGGCAGUCACGGAAACGCUACAUAGACCUCGAUGAGGCGGGUCCCGGCCCGGUCAAGAGCAAGUACGACGCGGUGGACUUUGACACGCUGCUGAAGGAGGCCCAGAAGUCCCUGCACCGUUGACUUUACCGCGCCCUUGACUGGCCAGCCUUAGAAAACUGCAGCAGCUCCCCUCUGACAACACGGGUCUGCACUCAGGCCGGCCCUACGGUACCUCCAACGCAAGUCAAACCUUGCAAAAUGUUUACAUUUUUACCAUUGGAAUAAAGUAACAAGACCUUGUUUUGUAAGUUUUCUUCGGCCGAAGGAUACUGCUCAAAAUUAAGGAAGCCUUCGGAAGUCUGCAGAGGUUUAAAAGACAAUGGAGGGGAAGAGAAAGACUUUAAACAGCAAUGGUACAAAAACGCUGCAAAUGGUAAAACAGUUCUCCACUGGGAACAGUAACAACGAAGCUGCUUCCUGUCUGUACUGAUGACAUCACUGCCCCCGUCUUGGACGACUGGGCACGAGAGACCUGUAGCAACAAUCCUUGCUAUCCCUGCGUUUGCGUCGGUCGUUGUGGUGUGUGUACCUGCGUGUUCUUCGUUCUGUUUCGUUUUGUUAAAAGAGAAAAAGAAAAGAAAAGAAAAGCCUCCCUGUUUCUGGUCACGAGUGGGUCGACCUGCAAGCGUUGGUGUUCGCUUGUCUGCUCGUAUAUACAGGAAAAAAACAAAAAAACUGCUUUGUUUUAGCGAAAAAUUGUGGAUGUUAAAGAUUUUAAAAACCUACUGUGUGUGCGUGUGCGUGUGCUUGUGUGUGUGUGUGUGUGUGUGUGUGUGUGCGUGUGUGUGUGUGUCAUGGACAAAGAAUAUAACAAAAUAACAUUUAACGUGAUCAAAGGAUGACUGAUAAAGUUUACAAAUCUAAAAUGAAGAAAAAAAAUCAUGUUUUUUUUCUUUCUUUGUAAAUGUAGUGCUUCCUUAAUUUGAUCUAUGCACUGUAAGGAGGUAAAUGUCUCUGCUGUCCUCCACAACCCCGUCCCCGUUUCCCCACCCCCUCGUAUGUCUAACUCUGCCAUGCAUUAUAAUAAUUAAUGCAUAAUUAAUGCAUUAAUACUAUCGUGGCCUCUGCUACUGGCUGCUGCAGGCUCCGUUUCAGGAAAACCUGAAAAACCUUCUAAGACAAGAUUGACAUUUUACAUUUUAUUUGAUUCUUUUACAAACGAAUCAUUAUAGAGAUGGGAAACGUUUUGGAAAAGCACUUUUGUUGAAUGUGUUGCAUGUGUUAGUUAUCGUCAAAAUGAGUCCAUUUGGGGGGGGGGGGGCUACUUUUUGGACAUUCAGCUUCCUGUCGUAGGGCUGAAAUUAGUUUAACAAGUUUCUAACUAAAUUUAUAUAAAGUUUCUUUGAAAAUGUACUGCCUUCUUUUGAAAGAAGUUUGAGGAUUUGGACUUUUGUUAGUAA